GCAAGACGGCACGAUGAACACGCUGCAUUACAAGAUAUAAAUGUUUUCCUACCUGAUUGUGGCGUCCUCUUCAUAUCGCACACUACGCGCCCACAGCCACAGCCGCUCACAGCCCUACCUCUAUUAACGCGACUCGGAUGGACCCGUCCGCUCGAUAUUACACGCCCUGGCUCCUACGCUUUUACGACGUCGGCAUCCUCACGCUCACGAACCUCUUCAUCUGGCGCUGCCCAACGAAAUCCGUGCUCCUCCCCUUCUUCCAAAAGCACAUCGGCGAGAAUGCCCACCUCGAUGUGGGAGUCGGAACGGGCUACUUGCCCGCACACUCCGCGCCUCAGCUCGCAAAGACGAAGAACGUCACCUUCCUCGACCUGAACCCGAACACGCUGGAGACCGCUGAGGCUCGCCUGCGUGCGGCGGGGUACAAGGGGUCGAUCGAUAAGGUGCAGCAGAGCGUGUUCGACCCUCUCCCCGAGUCCUUGCACGACAAGUUCGACUCCAUCUCGAUGUUCUAUCUGCUCCAUUGCCUUCCUGGUGCCUUCCCGGUGAAGGCGAGCCACGUAUUUGCCCAGCUGUCGAGGGGAUUGGCACCGGGCGGCGUGCUGUAUGGCUCGACGGUUUUGGGACGGAGCGCGGACCACAACAUAUGGGGAAGGAUCCUCGUGCGGCUGUACAACAACCUUGGAUCAUUCGGAAAUGUAGAUGAUAGCUUCGAGAAUCUGGAGAAGGCAUUGAGAGGCCAGUUUGAGGAGGUUGAGGUUGAGCAGGUCGGGGUUGUCGCGCUUUUUGUAGCGCGGAAACCUAUUCGAUCGUGAGCGUGUGCUAUGAGGACUGGGUUCCAGGCGUUCACAGAGGGAGGAUACAGAGACGGUAUUGCAAUGUUGACCGAAACAAAGCCUGAAACUGACGACAUGACUCAACUGAUGUAUUCUCAUUGACCCCGAGUCUUGUUUGACCUCAUUUACCUUUACUGUACCGCAAAUGCUUCACCAAACAGGACUGUUGAUGCUCUCAG